AUGCGUAUAAAACUACUGUUCCUGCUUCUCAUCUUGGUGAUAUGCACUUUUUCAUUCGAUCCUGUAAAAUCAAACGAUAAAGGAAAGGCUGCUGCUUACAGAGACAAAGCAAAGAAAGCAAGUCUUACAAAACUUGAAGAUGAUGGUGAAAAGACAUUGGAUGAAGCGGAAAAAGAGGCUGGAGUAAGUAUAGAUGAUGAAGUUGAGGAUGACGAGGAAGAGGAAGAAGAUGUUCCGAAGAAAAAAGUAGUGAAAAAACCUCUGAAAAAGGAAAAGAAAACGGAUUCGAAAAAAGAAAAGCCUACUAAAACUCGCAAAUCUAAGAAAAAUGAUCAAGAGAUCUUACCCAAACCAACAGCCACAGCGAUACCUAACAUGACGUCAUUCGAUUUCCUUGAAAUGGUUUCAAGAAAACAUCGAAUUCAAAAGUUGAGAGAUAUUAUCUCUGAUUCACCGACUGACAGUAUUGAGGCUAUGAGACAGAUAACGGAGGAAGUAAAGGAUGAAACAGAAGACACCGACGACGCGAAUGAAUACAAAGCCUGCAGUGGUGGAGAAGAUGAUGAACUUUGUCAUUGCGACAUGGAUGAAAUCAAUUGUAGCGCGAUUGUCAUGGACGCUGAUGAACCACAGCUUCAAACCGCCGAUCUGUUGAUUAUGAAAGAAGAUUUCAAACCAAUCAUAGCUAAUUUCUCGUCAAAUGCCAUUACUAGACUUCAGAAGAAAAGAGUGCUUCCUGGAUUUGAGAAAUAUGUCUCUGUGAUGGAUAUGUCUUUCAACAAAAUUCGAUAUGUUGAUAGUGAUACGUUCAAGCCAUUCACCAACUUGUCUAAACUUGAUUUGUCACAUAACACAUUGACACAGGUCAAGAAACCUGUUUUUGAUGCAGUCAAAGACACCCUCCACCGUUUAGAUCUUGGAUACAACCGCAUAAAAACACUAGCUGACAACACUUUCGAGGGGUUGAGCAAUUUGAAAAGAUUGACUUUGGACGGAAACCCAAUCAAAAUUUGGAGCAAGGGAAUCUUCAAAGGACUUGACAAUCUCGAGGAGCUCAGUUUGGACAACUGCAAGAUUACUGAUCUUCCAGGGGACAUUUUCGAAUACCUUCCAAAAUUGAAAACGCUCUCUCUGCGUGAAAACCCAAUGGAUGAGAUUCCAAGUGUUGUUGCCAAUUCAAAAACUUUGAUCAACGUUGACUUGAGUGCAACAAAUCUCACUGAAAUCCGAGACCAUGCAUUCUCUGGGGAUUCCGAUUUGGAAGAGAUCAAUUUGGAAAAGAUGCCGUUCCUGUACGCAAUCAAAGACUGCGGAUUCUGUGGUCUUCCAAAACUCAAAAUUCUUCUUCUGAAUGAUAACGAGAAGCUCAUGGAAGUUCAUCCGAAUGCAUUCGGAUUUAUCAAAUCUGACCCAGGACACAAGGCUGCUUCCAUCACCACACUGACUCUUCACAACUCUAAUGUCUCUACAAUCAGUGAACACAUGCUGGACUACGACAAAUUGCAAACUUUCAAAAUUGGAGGAAACCCAUGGAAGUGUGAUUGCGACACUCAAUUUUUGAUGGAAGAGAAAUUCGCAUUCAAGGAGGAUUCGGUCGCACCAAUGUGUGCAUACCCUGCUGAGCUCGUAGACCACCACCUGGCUACUGUUCGUGUUACCGAUGCUUGUGAAAAUGCUCGUUUCUUAGGACGAUCCGGACGAUUCAGCUCUGUUCUUGGUAUUGCUCUCCUCGUCGCUUUCGUGGCUAUUGGAUGCUACUACGGAAUCACCACAGGAGCUCUUGAGAGAUAUUCCCGAAGGCUGAGAAAGGAGCCAGAGGUGAGCUACACAAACUUGCAAGCUGCCGGAGAAGAUUUCGCACUGGAAGCUGACUUCCAACCAAGACCAGCGGAAGUUUAA